CCCGUGCAAAUUUAUUUCCUUUUCAGUUUUCUAGUUUUCUGGCUGUUUUCCGUUAUCAGUUUUCACGCGGAAUAGAUACCAAGGGGAUUUGUUGGAUCGAGUCGUAUUAUUUUGGUUGCCUGUAGUUAAUCCGUGCUGGGCAGGCAUGCCGCGUCCCUCCAUCACGAUGGUGAUCCACCGUCCGUCGCGCUCCUCGCGCCUCUCCGCCGCCGCCGCCACCAGCGACGAGGCGCCCCCCGCGCGCUCCCCCCCGACGGGGGCGCCGUCCGCGCCCAAGACCCGCUCGCAGCGCAGCGCGGACUUAUCGCCCUCCUCCUCGGCGCAGUCGGAGUCCGCCGGGGAGAAGCGGCUGCGACGGCCCUCGCAGCGCCUGCUGGACGCCAGCACCCUCCGGGGCGGCGACAAGCGGAAGGCCGCCCCGGGCCCCGCGGGGGUUCCUGCGUCCUCGCCCAAGAAGGAGACGCUGGCGCCGGAGGAGGCCAGUGCCGCGGCCGGCAGUAAGAAGGCCUCCGCGCCCGCCCCGAAGAAGCGCCGCGGGAAGGAGGACGACAGCGAAACCAGCGAGAGCGCAGCGCCAGUUGCCACGGCGGAAGCGGCGGAGAAGAGCGGUCGCAGUGGCCCUUCCGGCGGCAGUGGCAGUCCGGCCAAGAAGAAGGCCAAAGCCUCGGCCCCGCCCGACAGCCCGCCCUCCACGCGCCGCAGCUCGGCGCGCUCCCGUCCCGACCGCAAGGAAUCCCCGGCCGCCGCCGCCGCCGCGGCCCCGCCCACCGACCCGUCGCCGGCGCGCCCGCCCGUCUCCAUGAAGUUCCGCCUGGUGGCCAAACCCUCCUCCGACACCGACAAAGCGAAAUCGGAGAAGGGCAGCGGUGCCAGCGGCAGCGGCGCGGCGCCGCCCGUCCUCUCCGUCGAGAUCACGGAGAGCUCCGCCAAAAGCCCGGCGUCCGGCUCGGGGAAAUCCGGGAAGAAAUCCAAGAAAUCGGCCAAAGAAAAGAAAUCUUGGAAAAAAAGCGCCGUCCCGGAAAUCGCGGUGGAGAGGGCGGAGACAGCGCCGCCGGUGGAAACUGCCGCUGUCGUCGCGCUGGCUGCGACGCCGGUUGCCCCGGAAGCCGCUCCCGUGCUGACGCAGGACCGGGAGCGCCGAUUGACCGCGCGACAGCGCGCCAAGCUGUACGGCGCCGAGGAGCACCUGAUCAAGCUGGAGGAUCCCCGGCCCAAGACGCCGCCGCCCGACUACCAGGAGAAGCGCGAGGAGCGCAACAAGAAACGCCGCGAACAGGCCGCGCAGAAGCGCGAACAACUCAAGAAGGAGACGGUGAAGAAGCUGCUGCACAAAUCGGCGACGACGAAGAAGGCGGCGCGCGAGGAAGAGCAGAAGCGCAAGCAGAUGAUCCGCUACACCGCCAACACCGCCGGCGCCGCCAUCCUCUUCCCGGACCACUGCCCGCCCGCGCUCUUCAUCCAGCCCCUCCCGCCCAUCACCCCCCCGGCGGUGCGCGUGUGCGCCGUGCCCGGCUGUGGGAAUCCGCGCAAGUACGCCUGCGCCCGCACCGGCCGCUCCCUCUGCAGUCUGCAGUGCUACCGACGCAACCUGGAUCUGGCCACGCCCUCCGUCCUCUGAAUGCGCCGCUGAUCUCGCCGCUGUUUAUUUUGUCUCGGCCUUAAUUAAUUUUUCAGCAGAUUCAUUCGUGCUGUGCUCCGUAACCGACGACUGACGAAAUUAAUUGACUAAUUUUCAAUGGAGCCAUUUAUUGCUGGUUUUCUUCUACGGAUGACUAUUUGAACGAUAUGUACGUCAAGUGAAUUAAAAUUAAAUAAA